CGGUGGGUGUGCGGAGAGGCUUGGGGUCCUCAGAGGAGGGUUCUCAAGUAGUGGAUGAGGCGCCUGUGGGGCGCAGUCGAGGAGCCCCGGAGCACUGGAUGCGGUGGGGAAUGGGCGGAGGCGCAGCAGGAAACGCUCGGGGAGGCCCGCAGGGCUGGGGGCACUGUGGAGGGGAGGGACAGGGCGGUGCCCGGGUGGGCUGUCCGGCCCUCUCACCUCGCCCUGGCGGCGAGCUCCGCCCGGGGCUCCGGAGGAGGGGAGCCGGGCGGAGCGCCUGUGGAUUCCGGGACCGCCCCCUCCCGCUCCCCGGCCAGCGGCGACCGGCCGAGCCGGCCCGAGCCUCCCAGACAGCAUGAGAGCCGAAGCCGCCUUUCCCCGCCCGCAGACGCUCUGCGAGCGGCUGCGGCUGUGCCCGCGCGCUCCAUGGGGAGGCAGUGGAGACUCUUGGCCGGCGGGUGGCUCAGAGGCCGGGGGCUGCCCCGGAACGCCUCGGCGCUGGCUGCCGCUGGGCUCAUGUGCACGGCGCUGGCUGCCUACGUCUGCUGGGGACAGCUGCCGCCGCUUCCCUGGGCGCCCUCGGCCCCUCCGCGCCGGCCGGUGGGUGUGCUGCUGUGGUGGGAGCCCUUCGGGGGUCGCGGCCGGGCCUUGAGGCCGCCCCCCGACUGCUGGCUGCGCUUCAAUAUUAGCGGGUGCCGCCUGCUUACCGACCGCGCGGCCUACGGAGAGGCUCAAGCGGUGCUUUUCCACCACCGCGACCUGGUGUGGGGACCCCCCGACUGGCCCCCGCCUUGGGGUGCCCAGGUGCGCCGGGCGGAGGAGCUGCAGCUGCGCGUGUUAGACGACCCGGAGGAGGCGGCGAUCUCCGGCCCCAGGCCCCCGGGCCAGCGCUGGGUGUGGAUGAACUUCGAGUCACCCUCUCAUUCUCCGGGGCUGCGGGCCCUGACUGGGAACCUCUUCAACUGGACGCUCUCAUACCGGGCCGACUCUGAUAUCUUCGUGCCCUACGGCUACCUUUAUCCCAGGAGACACUCAGGCGACCAGCCCAUGGGCCUGGUCCCGCCGCUGCCCCGGAAACGAGGACUGGUGGCCUGGGUGGUGAGCCACUGGGAUGAGCGCCAGGCCAGGGUCCGCUACUACCACCAGCUGAGCCAGCACCUGCCGGUCGACGUGUUCGGCCGGGGCGGGCCUGGGCGGCCGGUGCCCGACAGCGGGCUUCUGCACACCGUGGCCCGCUACAAGUUCUACCUGGCUUUCGAGAACUCUCAGCACCUGGAUUAUAUUACUGAAAAGCUCUGGCGCAACUCGUUGCUGGCUGGGGCGGUGCCGGUGGUUCUAGGCCCAAACCGUGCCAACUACGAGCGCUUUGUGCCCCGUGACUCCUUCAUCCACGUGGACGACUUCCCUAGUGCCUCUUCCCUCGCUGCCUACCUGCUUUUCCUCGACCGAAACCUGGCAGUCUACCGCCGCUACUUCCACUGGCGCCGGAGGUACGCGGUGCACAUCACCUCCUUCUGGGACGAGCCUUGGUGCAGGGCCUGCCAGGCAGUGCAGACUGCUGGGGACCAGCCCAAGAGCAUUCGCAACUUGGCCAGCUGGUUUGAGCGGUGAAGCCACCUAGAAUGUGACCAUUUUGAUCCUCUACUGGAUAUUCUCCUUGACUGCCUCCAAUUUGUGGGACUAAGUUCCCCAAUCGCCUAUUUUUGCUCUCUGGGAUUAGGGUGAUUUACCAAUUAAUAUUAAUUAGCGAAAGGAUCCUUGAUGCUCUUGGUCUUUCAAACAACUAGCAGUUGUGCCCCCUCUGUUGUAGGUGGGCGUCUAGGAGCCUUUCCUUACCCAGUAUAGAUCUGUACAAAAAGUCUUUGGGAAGAAGCUUUCUUUGAAUUUCCUCCUCUACCACAGGCCAUAUUUGUAGCCUAUGUAGACUCUGAAUCUCGUACAUGCUGCUCCUCGACUCAUAUUUGCUUGAACCAAGGUGAAGCAGACCCCUGGCGUUUAGAAAGAGCGUUGGUGUGAGAUAGUGGAAGGACUGUGUCCCCAUGUGGGUCUUUUUAUUUUUUUGGUACCGGGGAUCAAACUCAGGUCCUUGCUCUUGCAAGGCAGGUGGCAGCACCACUGAGCUAAAUCUCCAGCCCUGGGUGUUUUUCUUUGUUGGUUGGAUUCCUCAAAGCCUCUGCUCUUGGGAAAGGUGAGGAGUACAGUUUAUGAAGCCACUGACUUCCUUAAUAAGGACUGUUUGUUCUUUCCCUUUGAAUGGGAACAAGUGCUGGAUUGUCCUUGGAGGAGAAUUAAGAUGAAUAUAUGGGUGUACCUCACUUUAUACAAGAAAUGUAUUCCUGAAAAGCUGCAUCUAAAUCACAUCCUAAAUUCAGUGCCCUAAGGGAGUUCAGUAUUUUUUAAUGGAACCCUGUGGAAAAUCUCUUUACAAUGUGAAUAAUCAUCUAAUUUAUUUCUUCUGUCUUUAUAUUUUCCUAUAAACUGGAUUUUUAAAACAUGAAAAGUAUAAAUGUGAAAAUAAAGCACAAGCAACCUUCUUCUCCCCCUCUUCCCAGCAAAGCAGCCUGUGUUUACAAACGGAAGAGAGCCAGUGUCACUUUCUACAAAAUUAUUUAUUUCAUGUCUUAUUGGACCCAAAAUUUCAACUGGAAUGUCAGCCCUUCAGAGGUGCUGGCAUUACCUGUGCAGAACAGUGACAGAGAUGGUACUGCAUUAUGGAGCCAUGCAAAAGGAAAAAAGUUUCAUGGUGUCCAUUAAGGAUAGUUUUUGUUUCUGUCAGUUUUUAGUUAAGUCUUUAGAUCCUAGGGAGUGGAACUAAAACUAGUGCCUACAAUUAGCUUACUCUUUUGUUAAAGGGAAACUCUGCAGGCCUCAUUUGGGUCCAGGAGUUUUCCUUGCUAGUCUGUAGAGUUGAAGAGCAGACCCUCACAUUUCUAACAUCCUUGAGACUGUGCUGCAGGAUCAAGCUAGGAAAUACACUCAUUGUCUUUAUAGGUUGUUGAGUGACCAGCAUAUUCAGCAGGUGUUAGCGGGUGACUACACAUUGCUAAACACUGGGCUUAAGGCCUUGGGGAAGAUAAAAAAAAAUGUAUCAGGCAACAUUCUUCUCUUUAGGGCUCUUAAAAUCCAUCACUGCCAAAAGUGAAUAGUGACUUUGAUAAAACAGUUGGCACAACCCAUUUGAUUACAGUGGCAUUCUCAGUGCUACAGACCAUAAAUCAGUGAUUAAAAGCCAUUUGAUUUAAAGCCUCAAAUAAUCAGAGUUCUCUGUCAAAAUAAGGACCCUCAGUGAAUAGUAUUAAUCAAAAGGAACUUAUGACCAGGGUUCAAGAUUAAUUAGUUUUAUACAGUUUUAUAAAAAAGUAAUUCGUAUUUGAUUAAUACAAUUGGCUGAGUCAUAGAAAGCAAAUUUUACCUGUAUGCACAUUAGUUGUACACAUACUUGAAAAGCUCACUUAAAACCAGAUGCUUGGAUUCUCUCAUUUCAGAAAAUAAGCAAAGAUGCCUAACAGUGGGUACCCAUCUGAAUAUCUAUACCUCUAUAUGUAUGAUGUAUUUCAUCACAUUACAUAAUGUAUAUCAUACUCCAUGAUAUAUCCUAUACUUUCAUAUGUAUGAUAUAUAUAUCAGAUCAAAUGUUUAUUACAAGUACAAUAUAUAUUCCUUCUUGCAGUGAUUUCACGGUGCCCUCAUACCAAAUUUUAUGUCAGAAAUGAAAUCUCAAGGUAUGUUACAAAAUAAAUCUGAAAUAAAAACGAAGAUGCCUCA